UUCUGUGGCGCCUACUGUCACGGUUAGAACUGGAACGAAACCUCAAAAGCUCUCUCUCAACUGCCCUUCUCCAUCAUCGAAACAUAAGAAAGUUCGAGGUUGGUGUCAGAGUGAGAAAAAAACCAGACACCAAACAUGUCGGGGGAAGACAUGGAGAGAGCAGUGAACAAGAGCAGGACUGGUAAUAGCAGCAGCAACAACAACAAUUAUGCAACAUCAGACAUGGAGCCUCGGUGGACUUCUUGGUUGGUUCCAGUGAUCGUGCUGGCUAAUGUUGCAGUUUUCAUUGUUGUCCUGUACAUCAACGACUGCCCUAAACAUAGAAAUCCGCUGCCCUCUGAUGACGGCAAGUGCGUGGCCAGGUUUCUGAGAAGGUUCUCGUUUCAGCCUUUGAGGGAAAAUCCUCUCUUUGGCCCUUCUUCAAACACAUUGAAGAAAUUGGGGGCACUUGAGUGGAACAAAGUGGUCCAUGAACAUCAAGGAUGGAGACUUGUCACUUGCAUCUGGCUUCAUGCUGGUCUUAUUCAUCUUCUCGUAAAUAUGCUGUGCCUUGUUUUCAUUGGUAUUCGCCUUGAACAGCAAUUUGGAUUUGUGCGAAUUGGGAUAGUCUACCUGGUGGCUGGUUUCGGAGGGAGUGUUCUUACCCUCCUGUUUAUCCGCAACCACGUCUCUGUUGGUGCUUCUGGUGCACUUUUUGGACUUCUUGGAUCAAUGCUUUCUGAAUUAAUUACAAACUGGUCUCUUUAUACCAACAAGGCUGCAGCACUGGUAACUCUUGUGGUGAUCAUUGCCAUUAAUCUUGCAAUAGGAAUUUUGCCCUAUGUGGGAAAUUUUGCUAACAUUGGUGGGUUUCUUACUGGCCUCUUCCUCGGCUUCAUUCUGCUGCCUCGUCCGCAGUUUGGGUGGCUUAAUCGCGCGAAUCUUCCUGCCGACACUCCUGUCAGAUCAAAAUACAACGUUUAUCAAUAUGUUCUAUGGCUGAUUUCCCUGGUUCUACUAGUUGCAGGAUUCACAGUUGGGCUGGUGAUGCUGUUCCGGGGAGAGAAUGUUUACCAUCGGUGCCAUUGGUGUCGAUACGUGAGCUGUGUUCCAACCUCACGAUGGAACUGCAACGAAAACUAGUAGUUUUCCCAUGUAAAUGCAUAGAAAGCUUAGAAACUGGAUGGCUUUUCAUGUAUAUAUUGUGCCUUUUUUGUCUUUGCUUUCUACCUAUUAUUAAUACAAUUGGUUCUUGUUGGUAUGUUUACUAAA